ACAGUGAAGUGCAUUGUGGGAUUACUACUGUGACUGGAGGAGGUGGCUAACAGACCAGGCGCUAACAGGAGCAGACGCUGAUGUCAUUACUCAAGAUUCCUUGGAAUUGUGCCAAUUGUAAAGACUAAAUAGCAGUAUAUGAUGAAUUCUCCUGAGGCAGAAUCUUCAACCCACAGUGAAAGCAAUGACAAAGCUGCCCCAAGUACUUCAAAUGUGUCGGGUCAAGAAGAAAACGUACCAAAGUCAGAGAAGUCACCUCUGAAGAGGAAAUCUGCUGGGCCAAAAAAUGCAAAGACUAAGAAGCAUAAAAAGGCGAGAGUUUCCAGGUCUGCCCAGCUUGGUUACACUGUCCAUCAAGGAGAAGACAUGCUCCUCGUCAUAUCAAAUGCCUCCUCUCAGUAUGAUGGUUCUGUCUGGAAGCCACAGAAGAGGAGAAUCAAGAAGAAAACAGUUGUUAAAGGAAAGGUAAAAUCCACACAGGUUAAGAAAUUAAAGACAGUCCGUGCCAAACCGAAGCCAGCAAAUAAUCCAGUUACCAAAACAGAGGAAGACACUGCUGCUUUUGUGCCUCAAAAACCGGUGGACCACAGAUGGGGUCAAAGUCUACCAGAGGAGGUGUUAGUAAAUAUAUUUAACAUGGUGGUCAUUCAAGAUGGGGCCGUGCCAUUCUUAUGCAGAGUGGGCAGAGUGUGUCGACUGUGGAACGCUGCUGCCUCCAGUCCUGUCCUGUGGCGGAAAGUGUGUGUAAGUCACUGCUGGAUCGCAUCCGGAAAAAAACAACUACCUAAAACUGAGAAGAAAAUUAAGGAGACUUUUGACUGGCUGGCACAAAACAGAUUUUCUCAGCUGCGAGACUUCUCUCUCUGUCACUGGUCAAAGAAUGCUAAUUAUGCAGUAGAGGUUGUUUCACAGUCCUGCCCUCACCUUCGCUCCCUGAAACUCUCUUACUGCACAGGCCUGACAGCAGGAGCAUUCCAAAUCCUUGGUCAGCACAGCAGCUCACUGCAGAGCAUAAAUCUUCAGUAUUCAGAGUUUCAGGUUGAAGGACUUCUUGAGUACCUUGAAAACCAUGGACGUCAGAUCAAGCAAAUUUUGUUCACUCAUGCACUAAAGAAUGACCGACUUCUGGCUGCGUUAUCUAGGGGAUGCUGUCCCGAUUUGGAGUUGCUGGAGGUGAAUACAAAACUCGACAGUAAAAACUGUGAACUUUCCAUUUGCAUUCACGCACUGCAGACGGCAUGCCCGAAACUCAAGACCUUCCGGAUGCUGAACGUCCGACCUCUACAUAAGACGGUGCGCAGCGGUGCUGAUUCCACGUCAGGCUUUCCGUUGUUGGAGGAGCUGUGUAUUGCAACUACGUCUUACUCCUACAUGACCGACAAAGACCUGCUGGACAUUCUCUUCAGCUCCACCAGGCUGCGGGUACUGGACUUGCGAGGCUGUUCGCGAAUAACACCACCCGGUCUUGCAACAUUACCCUGUCCUGGUAGGCCUAAGUUAUAAAUGUAUACUCUUU